UACUCAGACGACGACAACUCCAAAGUUCAUUGGACUAAAAAGCUGCUUCAUUUAUCACUUCCUCUAAGUUGUCAGCGACUGAAUGAUUUAAUUUGAGUUUGUAACAUAUGCUGGUGAUCGACGACGAUGAUGCUUUAGUUCCUAGACUGGAUAUUCAAAUCCAGAUUGGCUGAAGGCGAAAUGGAUGUAUAUUCCCACUUUAAAUUUUGAGAUGGAAAGUAUCAUUAAUUCACUGAUCAGUGGAAGAUCUCAACAGAAAUGAUGUACGAGGGAAAUGCUGGCAUGCAGCUUUGCAACAAGGAAUUCACCAAAGUCUAUAUUAAAGAAGAAUGUGGCUUUGAUCUUGAUGAAAAGAGUAGUUUGAAAAUAAAAGAGCAGAGGCAGUUUGGUGUGAGUGAUGAAAAUACAAUUUGUAUUAAGGAGGAGUAUGAUGUGGAUAUUAAAGAUGAAUACCAGUAUUUUGAGGAAAUUGAGAGCCAGGACAAUAUGAGAGGAACUUGUACGGAGAGUGAUGAUGACGAUUGUUUGCGCAAUGGGAAGGAAGGUGUGGAUGCAGAUCCUCUAUCCACUUUUGUUUGUGUUGUUUGUGGGAUGCCAUUCUCCACAAAGUGUGAUCUGGAAAUCCACCAGCAAAUCCAUGUGGGAGGGAAGAGCUUGAGUUGCAAAGUGUGCAGAGCAUCCUUUAUGGAAGAGAGCCAGUUCCUGUUGCAUGUGAAAGGGCACUCUUCCGGCAGUUCUUUGAGAUGUGCAAUUUGCAGCAAAACUUUCCCAAAGAAGUGUAAACUGCUGAUACACAUGAGAGUCCACACUGGGGACAAGCCUUAUAGCUGCGAGGUCUGCUGCAAAAAGUUCUCCCAAAAGGGUACGCUGGGAACGCACAUGAGAAUACAUGCAGGGCAGAAACCAUUCAGCUGUGACAUCUGCAACAAAAAGUUUUCUCAGAAGGGUCAUCAAGUGAGGCACAUGAGAGUACAUACCGAUGAAAAGCCUUAUAGUUGUGAGAUAUGCAGUAAAAAUUUCUCUCAGAAAGACAGCCUGGUAACCCACAUGAGAGUUCAUACAGGUGAGAAGCCCUAUAUUUGUAAACUUUGUCACAAAGAUUUCUUUUGGAAAAAUGGUCUUGUGAGACAUAUGAGACAACACACAGGUGAUAGUUAGUAGUCCAUGUCCAUAUCAGUAAUUGUUAACUUAUUUGCAAUUAUAUAUCUAUUUAUAUUUUAUUCUGUCUCAUGUGAGAAACUGAUAUCAUAAAAUAGUGUAAAUACCUUUACAAACAAUUCUUUGUAAGUUGUUUACAAGAGUAAAUGUCUGAUUUAUUGGUCUCCUACUUUAUUUUG